CAUAACAGAAGCUCCUCCUCUUCCUCUUCUCUCUCACCACACACACACUCACACACUUCUAACCAUGACAAUCUCGUAGAACACAGUUGCUAAGAAUUCAAAUUUCUCUUGAGAUUUUACCCCUUUGACUCUUUGAUCCAAUCUUUACUUAUCUUUCUUGAUAUUGUAGUUGUUUGGAGUUGAAAUUCAUAAGCUUUUUAAGCUCUUACUGUUCUGGGUUUCUUUUUACUUUAUCCCAUUUCACAUCGAAUCUUGAUUGAAUUUCUUGAUUUCAUACCUCAAUUUGAGGGAUUUUUUCUUUUCUGAUACUGUCAUUAUCACUCAAUUGUUUCUGGGUUUAACUCAAAACCGGCCAUGGCAACAUUAGCCCCUGGAGUUCUGCUGAAGCUUCUCAAUGGAAUGCAUACAGGGGUCAAACCCACGAGUGAGCACCGGAGCUCGCUUGUGCAGGUGACCGACAUUGUCCCCGCCGAUCUUGAUGAGAAGAAUCUAUGGCCGAAACAUGGGUUCUACGUUAAAGUAUCCGAUUCAUCGCAUUCGAUCUAUGUUAGCUUACCAUUUGAACAAGAUGAUCUUGUUCUCAGUAACAAAAUGCAGCUUGGACAGUUCAUCUACGUCGACAGAUUGGAGCCCGGAUCCCCUGUUCCUGUUGUAAAAGGCGCAAAACCGCUUCCUGGACGACACCCAUUAGUUGGCACGCCAGAACCAUUGAUGGGUUUGAGAGAAAAGGGAGAGAAAAGUGAGCAAAAGGGCAAUUCAAGGCUCUCAUCAGCGACAAGAAGAGGUUCUUGGGGAACAGGAACAGGGCAGAGUGGAACAGAGUCCUCUGUUUCAACACCCCUGCCUUUAAAGUCUGGUCCUUUGGAUUUUGAGCAAUGUACACCGGUAAAAGAGAGGCCUAGAAUCGGGAGUAAUUUUGCGAUGAUGUCUCCAAUGAUAAGAGGGAGAUCCGGAAAGGAUGGCAGCUCAAGCGGAGUUAGGGCUGGUGGUGGACUUCUGUCUAAAAUGGUGGAUUCAAAGGGAGAGAAAGACAGUCCUGCUUUGGUUAGGAAAAGCUGCGUCACGCCAUCAAUGUCAAAGUUUCCGAGGAGCAAGAGUGUCUGUGAAAGAGAGCCAAGGAUCCCUAGAAGUCCCUUCAACACAGCUGAGAAGAAAAGCUCGACUCCACCACCGAGUUUGCGGAAUGCAAGAGUGGCAAUUUCUCUCAACAUGGGUGGAGAUGCACAGAAUUCAUCAAACUCAAGGGUGACUUCACAAUCAGAGUCGUCCCAAUCUGCUAGUUUGCCCUCCAAUGACAACAACACUAGUCUGGCCCUGAAUUUACCCGGAAAACUAAGCAUUCUGGGCAAGGAAGCUGUGCAGCAGAGGGAAACAGCACAAAAGAUUGCCCUUCAAGCACUGAGAGAUGCUUCAGCAACUGAAACCCUAGUUCGGUCUCUCAAGAUGUUUUCAAACUUAACAAAAUCUGCAAAAGCAAAUUCUCCAGCAGCCUGUUUCGAUCAGUUUUUGGAGUUCCACAACCAAAUUGUGCAUGCAGUAGCUGAAAUGGUGUCCAUUCAAGCUGCAACAGCAACUAGUGAAAUUUCUCAAACUCCAAUCACAAGAAAGCACAAGGAAACUGCAUGCAAGAAACCCGAAGAAAAAGAAGAAGAAGAAGAACCCUCUAUCUUACAUGAACUCAUCCACAAUUCGAUGAAUCACCAACAACCCCGCUACUCAGAAUCAAAUGCAUCAUCCAAAAGACGAAAUGCCCUAUACAAAUCAAUCGCGGCCUUCCCUGAAAGAAGUGAUCAGAAAACAGUUCUAGGGAAACACCUGAGAUCAUCAAAACUGUUGGUUGAGGCAGUUACAUCAGAGAACGAUGAAAACAAGAAACCGGGUUCUUCUUCUUGCAGCCUAAGUAGUACAAUCAGGCUGGGAAAGCAGAUUGAGACUGAGGUGGGAAACUGGUUUAUGGAUUUUCUUGAGAAAGCUUUGGACACCGGUUUGAAGAAAUCGAAAGGGACAGUUGAAGCAGAUGCUCGGAAAGUUCCACAAUCGCUCAUAUUGAAGGUUAUUAAUUGGGUGGAAGUGGAACAGUGUGACUCUAGCAAGAGGCCAGUGCAUCCAAGAGCUGUACAGAUAGCGAGGAAGUUGAGGAUCAAGAUGAAGAAUCCUUGAAUUUGUUGAUGUGGGAGGAUCCGAUUAAGCUAGAUUUGAUUGAUUGUAUCAGAUUUUGUUUGAUCUGUUGUGAAAACUUGUGGCUUUCUUGUGGUGUUCUUUAAUUCUUUGGUGACUGUUGCAUUUGUCAUUACACAUCAUAUGCUUGUAUGAGAUUUUUAUCAAUUAAUUGAGGAUUUUCGAACUUUUCAAAA